AUGUCUUACCUGCAGACGCUGUGUUUCCGCGGAAAGUGCCUUCUGACCUGUCUUUAUGGAUGUAUAGAAGUUAUGGGAUUUACCAUCGAAGAGGGUCAGCAGUCAUAUUCGCUAUUCUCCCCAGCGUCACAUUGUCCACUGAGUAUUAGAGGAUUAGAAAGCAUCAGAGCGUUGGAAAGUAGAAAUGAGGCAUCGCACAUCCUCCAAAGGUAUCUCCCACAAGCAUCACGAAAGAAGCUGUUAAAAAGCAUAACGACAAAUUCAUCCAUCAUCCUGCUGGAACCCAUCGAGACACCUAUGACACGGUUUCUUUCCAGUUUUCCAGAUCUCAGCGAUUUGUUCAACCUCCCCAUGACUGAACUCAUGUCAGCUGUUCUUGACACUCCACUCAAUGGUUUGGGUAUGAUUCCUCUCGACAGCAACAUUAAAGGGCUGCAAAUGUCGAAGAGCUACAGACAUGCUCUUAACACAGUAGUCAGUGUGUGCAAAGGAGACAUAGAUGGCUGUCCUGUUAUCCUGGUGUGCGGGACCAAGAAUGUUGGAAAGUCAACAUUUAUCCGCGUGCUCAUUAACACCUUGCUGAAUUACACUGCUAGUGUCGAAUAUUUGGAAGGUGACCUCGGUCAGACAGAAUUCACCCCUGCUGGUUGCCUGUCUCUCCUCACUGUCAGAGAACCCCUUUUAGGUCCUCCUUUCACACAUCAGCAGACUCCAGACCACAUGAUCUACUACGGUCAGUCAUCAUGCGACUCAGACCUGGAUCAAUAUGUGGAAUCUCUUAAGUCCUUAUGGUGCAGAAGAUCCCAGACCAGAGAGGCUCCGAUUAUUAUCAACACCAUGGGCUGGGUCAAAGGAUUUGGAAUCCAGCUGCUGGUUUACAUGAUCCGCUUCUUCCCAGUUUCCCAUGUUGUCCAGCUCAGUCACAGUGGUGUCAAUCAGUGCCCCGCCCUCACUCCAGACUUUCUGAGGACGGCAAAUGGCUUUCAGACUCACCCACCCGCCCAGACCGCUCUGGAUGAGUUUACAGAAAGCCACAGCCCCCCAAGAAUCUACAGUCACAUUAGUAUACAAGCAGAGUUUCAAGGAGUUGGGAGUCAAGGAACAGCGAGGAGCGUGGGAGGCCCGAAGAGCAGCGAGCGAAUAAACACACCGUUCGCACACAGACCGCCGCGCCUGGGUCCUCCUUCCCUACACCCCCCACGGUCUGCCAACACAGACCGUGACAGAAUGAUCCCGCCAAGCAUGGACCCAGCGGUCUCUGAGGAGAGGCUCAGGAGGGAGCUCAGUCACAGUGGUGUCAAUCAGUGCCCCGCCCUCACUCCAGACUUUCUGAGGACGGCAAAUGGCUUUCAGACUCACCCACCCGCCCAGACUGCUCUGGAUGAGUUUACAGAAAGCCACAGCCCCCCAAGAAUCUACAGUCACAUUAGUAUACAAGCAGAGUUUCAAGGAGUUGGGAGUCAAGGAACAGCGAGGAGCGUGGGAGGCCCGAAGAGCAGCGAGCGAAUAAACACACCGUUCGCACACAGACCGCCGCGCCUGGGUCCUCCUUCCCUACACCCCCCACGGUCUGCCAACACAGACCGUGACAGAAUGAUCCCGCCAAGCAUGGACCCAGCGGUCUCUGAGGAGAGGCUCAGGAGGGAGCUCAGUCACAGUGGUGUCAAUCAGUGCCCCGCCCUCACUCCAGACUUUCUGAGGACGGCAAAUGGCUUUCAGACUCACCCACCCGCCCAGACCGCUCUGGAUGAGUUUACAGAAAGCCACAGCCCCCCAAGAAUCUACAGUCACAUUAGUAUACAAGCAGAGUUUCAAGGAGUUGGGAGUCAAGGAACAGCGAGGAGCGUGGGAGGCCCGAAGAGCAGCGAGCGAAUAAACACACUGUUCGCACACAGACCGCCGCGCCUGGGUCCUCCUUCCCUACACCCCCCACGGUCUGCCAACACAGACCGUGACAGAAUGAUCCCGCCAAGCAUGGACCCAGCGGUCUCUGAGGAGAGGCUCAGGAGGGAGCUGCUGGUUUACAUGAUCCGCUUCUUCCCAGUUUCCCAUGUUGUCCAGCUCAGUCACAGUGGUGUCAAUCAGUGCCCCGCCCUCACUCCAGACUUUCUGAGGACGGCAAAUGGCUUUCAGACUCACCCACCCGCCCAGACCGCUCUGGAUGAGUUUACAGAAAGCCACAGCCCCCCAAGAAUCUACAGUCACAUUAGACGGCAAAUGGCUUUCAGACUCACCCACCCGCCCAGACCGCUCUGGAUGAGUUUACAGAAAGCCACAGCCCCCCAAGAAUCUACAGUCACAUUAGUAUACAAGCAGAGUUUCAAGGAGUUGGGAGUCAAGGAACAGCGGGUCCUCCGAGGUAUUGACAUGGCACGGGGUCUGUACUUCCUGCUGACACCUGUAGAUCCGUCAGUUCUUCGUGAAGUUAACUGUCUCCUCUUGGGAGCAAUUUCAAUGCCUUCAUGUAUCCUCAAAACACAGCCGGGCAUUGACGGGGAGAUGCCCUAUAUUACUACAGACUACAGUUUUGAUUUCACUGGAGCAGGAAAGCUGCGAGUCUUCAAGGGAAUGACGAGGCCCAGUCAAGUGGGCAUGCAGUGACAUUUCUGCAGCAUUUUAUUGCCCUUUACAUUUCCCCAUCAGUCAGCGGUGGCCUUUAAAUGUACAGAACUGAGGUUGAGUUGGGACACUUCUUACUUUUGUUUUAAGGUUCAUACUCUGACCUUACUGGAGUUCUUUUUUUGA